UUGUAUCCAUUAAACUCUAGGAAGCUGCCAAGGAGCUAAAAAAUAGGAGCAGUAACGUUGUAUCGUUGUUCAAAGAAAUUGAGAAUGAGGUACAGAGCACCGAGGGCUACAGCAGAAAGAAGGCGGAAGAGGCACAGAAGAAUCAGAAGAUCAGGUCUACGCAGGAGGAGCUUGAGCUGAAGACCAUGCUGCGUUGUGAGUAUGUUGUCGAACUCGGCAUCAACAAAUGUAAGGACUGGUUCGCUAUGAAGCAUGAGGAGUGCAUGCGUUACAUCUUCUGUCCCGUCCUGAACAGUCUGCUUUGCCUACCCAUGAAGUUCACAUUUGUCUGUAACAUCAUGUACUUUGUCAACAGGUGGUGCAAGAGCAGACUCCCACUAGAAAGCAACUUCGGUCAAGUCUUCGAAUGGAUUAAUAAUACAGUGUACAAUCUGAAUAAAAAGGCUUCUCCAGCACCUUAGUUGUGAGGGUCAGUGCCUAUCAUGAUCAUUAGACGAAAUAAUGGUCAGGAAUGGAUCUUCUCUAUAACCUGUCAAAGCAAAACUGUCGCUAGAUAUAGGGCCGCCAAACCACCAGCAUGUCACUAUGAUGCUUGGGUUUAGCUUUCUAAAGAUGCCCCUGUCACAUCCUGACAAAAUAUGUAUUCCUCUAUUGCUGG